UUCUCGUGUUACAUGACUGUGGGCAGGACAAAGCGGUGCUGAGGAGCAGCGCGCGCUCUCCUCGUUGGCUGGAUUGUACACGUCAGCAGUCAAUAACUUCUAUCGCCGCUCUGUCAUUCUCUUCCUGGUAUGAACGUGUUGACACUUCACCCGUAGCUCGGGUUCUUCCAGUCCGCGGCUGUUUGGGAAAAUGUUCCUGCUUCCCAGCGGGGAGACGGUCGGUUAAAGCAGCCGUGAGAACACGGCUGCCGCUCGUGUCUUCAAGGGAACGUCACGCGGCGUUUCUGUUUGAAGAAGAGCCGCGCGAGGACGGGCUUUUAACGAUGCAGGCGCGCGCGAGGAGGUGAAUCAAAGCCAUAUCUGCUAAAGUCCAAAGUUUACCUUUAAGGAAGGGAAAGAUGAGGCUCCGGCUGGUCAGACGGAAUGUGCUCCUGCUGCUGGGAGUUAUUUUUGUUCUUGUGACUCUCUUGUUUUCAACACGUGUGCUGAUAGAGUCUGAAAAUGACCCCGGAGCAGCCAGCUCCAGGGUGGUCUCCAGCAAUGGAAAUCAGGGAACAAACUCUUGUGAGAUAUUGAGCUUUGUGUCUCUGACUGAAUUGACUCAGUCCAUUUACAGUGCCAAUUACAAACAGUGUGUCCACAAUGCAGACAGGUUUCCUGGGGAGCCCCGCCUGAUUCUGGUUGUGCAGGUUCACAACAGGCCUGAAUACCUCCGGCUUCUCAUCAGGUCACUGGAGAGGGCUGCUGAGGUGCACAGUUUUCUGCUUAUCUUCAGCCACGACUAUGUCUCACAGGAAAUCAACACAAUUGUGCGAGGGAUAACUUUCUGCAAGGUACUGCAGAUUUAUUUCCCCUUCAGCACUCAGCUGUAUCCCAAUGAGUUUCCUGGGCAGGACCCACGAGACUGCCCCCGAGACAUAUCCAAGGAAGAGGCUCGUAAAACAGGAUGCCUCAACGCGGACCACCCCGACUCGUACGGACACUACAGGGAGGCCUUCAUCACUCAGACCAAGCACCACUGGUGGUGGAAGCUGCACUUCGUCUGGGAGCGAGUGCAUGCCAUGCAGGGCUACAGCGGCUUCGCCGUCUUCCUCGAGGAGGACAACUACAUUUUACCAGACUUUUUCCACUUCUACAAGUUAAUGAUGGGGUUUAGGAAGACCAGCUGCCAAGACUGUGACCUGUUCGCUUUGGGAAACCACAACGGCGUGACAGAUUUUAGCAGCAUGUCCGAUAAGGUGUUGACCUCUGGAUGGCUGUCCACCAAACACAACAUAGGCAUGGCCAUCUCUAGAGAGGUGUACUACAAGCUGAUGGGGUGCAGCAACGAAUUCUGCACCUACGAUGAUUACAACUGGGACUGGACCCUCCAGCACCUCUCUGGAGCAUGCAUCUCUAAUCCCCUGAAAGUGGUGUCUGCGCAGGCCUCCAGGGUUCUGCACACGGGGGACUGCGGUCUACACCAGAAGGACAACUGCAGACCAGAAAUGGCCUUACAAAAAGUAGAGGCGGGCCUUCAGACGGCGAAGGACAGCCUCUUUCCUCCACGUCUGGUCCUCAGUAGGCAGGAGCCAGUGGAGCACAAGGCCCACAUGAAGAACGGAGGAUGGGGAGAUGUUCGAGACCACGUUCUAUGCAAUAACUAUUCCAAACGCCUGUGAGCUCCGACUUUUCAUUGAUGGUUUACAAAUGUGCCAUCUUUAAGAAUCUUCCAAGAGUAUUUUUUUUUUUUUUUGGUGGGUUUAUUUCUCUCGGCCGACAAGGUCGUAACCAAAUAAUUUUGGGAAAAAGUGGAUGUUUGCAUGAUGAUUUACAUGUGAACUUUUAACUUUUUUAUCCAGUGCCAAAGCCUUUACAUUGUGACUGCAGACUCCUCCUUUGCUUUUCCGUCUGUUUCUACCACGCCAAAGCAUUAGAUGGGAUUCGACAUGAGAGCAGCAUUUGAUGUCGAAUCCUGACAGCCCUUUCUAUGCUGUUAAUUCUAGAGAUGCAAGAGAAAAUCCUGCUUGUUUAUAGUUGUUUUCUGGAAGUUGCUCAAAGAUUUUCUGAAAGAUGUUUCCAUGUGGUGAUGGUACGAAAGCAUAAUGGCAAACGUAAAAAAAAAAUAUAUAUAUAUAUAUCCACCUUCUUUAAAUAUUUUGGUCUUGUUUCAGUUCCUUAAUUUGUUCAUUAAAUGAAAUGUUCAUCAGAUAAUGUGAAAUUUAUUUCUAUGCUGGACCAUUAGGGUGUUUUUCUUCCUCCCUCUGUAUUGAUCACAGAAACUUUAGAAAAAGAAAACAGCUUUUAUUUACUUAAGGCCAAAAAAGUGACCUUUUGGAACCAAUGUUUUGGUUCUGCAAACAUCAGGAUCCCCUGUGAUGCUGCUUUCCUAUAUUUGCACCUUUUAUGUUUAAAUUUAUGGGGGGUUUUUUUGUCUUUUUUUUUUUUUUUUACACUGUGUCGAUUCGAGAAUAAGAUGAAAAAUAUGAAGAUUUUAUGUAAGAAAACUACAAAUUCCCUUCAGUUUAGUUAUUGUACGUAUUUUUUUUUUGUUUUGUUGUUGUGUGCCUUAAAUCUGACCAAAAAUGCCUUAUUCUGAAAAGCCUUUCAAUGCACUGAUAUUAGAUAAAUUAGUACUUACAUCCUAAUCUCAAUUUUGGGGCCCAUUUUUUUAUGUUGGGAUAUUUUCUGUUUUUUGCGGCUUUAUUAAUCAAAUCAAAACUUCAGCUCUACUUAAAAUGAUUUGGGGUUUCUUUCUUAAUGCCUGAUUAAACCUGAUUUUGGUGUGCCUCAAGGUGCCUUGCAUAGAUUUUGAAACAUUUGUUGUAAAUUUUAUUGCUAAAUGAUUAUUGGCUUGUAUUUCGGCUGACAAAGAAAACUGAUAACAUCUUAAGAAAAAAAAAGCAAUGACAAUCCAGUGUACAAAUGAUGUUUGAAAAAAAGUCUGCUGCCUGUUGAACAUUUCUGUGUACACUCUUCAACGAUUCCUUUAUAUUUGAGAAAGAAAUCAAUAAUUUUUUUUUUUUUUUGGUUCUCUGUCUUGAAUUGUUCUGAUCAUCACUUGAAGUAACUGUUUGUUAUUUUCCGUUUGCCAGAUGGGGAAAGUACUUGCUAAACUGUUUCACUGUUUCAUCAACAACUGAAAUAAAAAAGACUGUUAAACUGGUA